CAAUUGCACCAUUGCAAUUUACCAACACUUUAGACGCAAACCUUAGUCUUGAAAACAUCCGGACACCCAGAAAACUAUUUUCUUCGACGAGCAUAAAGCAAAAAUGGAGUGAAAAGUGUCACUCUGUUCUUUACAUUGAACCACUUCCCAGCUUCCUGCACAAUCCCCUUCUGCAAGACGCUGCCAGCGGUUGGCGGACGCUGAUUCAGUUUCAAGAUGCUCCCAUUCAUCAACACGCCGUUCGUCUACCUAUCGGGCAAGAUAGGGUCUUCUCCCGAUGACUUGAAGCUCAUAACCUCCUUUCUAUUAUCAUAUCCCCUUGCUGGACUCCUCAAGCGGGUGCCAGACUCCAAACCCCAGCUCAAGAACCUUGUUAGCAUAGGUUUCGCGCUCUUCUACCUCGUUGGCCUCUUCGACCUAUGGAACGGUCUCCGAACAAUCUUCAUAUCCUCGGCAGGAGCCUACGCCCUUGCCAAGUACCUGCGCAGCAGCCCUUAUAUGCCAUGGAUCGCCUUCGUCUUCUUGAUGGGCCAUAUGUCGGCAAACCAGCUGAACCGCCAGCUCCUUGCAGAGAGCACCGAUAAUGCGAUGGACAUCACGGGCUGCCAGAUGGUCAUGGUCAUGAAACUUACUGCCUUCUGCUGGAACGUAGCAGACGGACUCUUGCCCGAUGAUCAGCUUUCAGCCUUCCAGCGCGACCGCGUGAUCCGCGAGUUACCAUCACUCCUUGACUAUGCUGGCUAUGUCUUGUUCUUCCCGAGCUUACUGAUCGGCCCGGCCUUCGACUACGCCGAAUACCGCCGCUGGCUCGAUACCUCCAUGUUCGACGUGCCUGCCAGCACCGACCCGCUGAAGAAGGCGCCCACACGUAAGAAGCGCAAGAUUCCGCGUUCCGCCACGCCGGCCAUUCUCAAGAUGCUGACUGGGCUGGCGUGGAUUCUGACCUUCCUCAAUCUAUCGUCAUAUUACUAUGCCGAUUUUCUUACGGGGCCCGAGUACAUGCGCUAUUCCUUCCCGCGGCGCAUCUUCAUCCUGCACAUGUUCAACUUCACCGCUCGCUGCAAGUAUUACGGGGCUUGGUCGCUCAGCGAAGGCUCCUGUAUUCUUGCAGGGCUGGGUUACAACGGCGUCGACCCCGUGACUGGCAAGGUUUCGUGGACCCGGGUGCAGAAUAUCAACCCCCUGGGAGUUGAAUUGGCACAAAACACUCGUGCAUACUUGGAGAACUGGAACAUCAAGACGAACAUGUGGCUACGUAACUACGUAUAUCUGAGGGUAACUCCUAGAGGCAAAAAGCCCGGAUUCCGAGCCAGCAUGGCCACGUUUGUUACCAGCGCGGUGUGGCACGGGUUUUACCCAGGCUACUAUCUCAGUUUCGUGCUGGCCAGCUUUAUCCAAACCGUGGCGAAGAACUGCCGCCGCUAUUUCCGACCCUUCUUCAUGGACCCAGCCACGCAGAAGCCGCUGCCAAACAAGCGAUUCUACGAUAUAGCCUCUUUCUUUGCCACGCAACUAACCUUUACCUUUGCGACCACGCCAUUCCUGCUCCUUCGCAUGGGCCCCUCGAUUCUUGUCUGGUCACGCGUGUACUAUUACGCCAUCGUGGGUACGGCGGCAGGAAUGGCAUUCUUUGCAUCGCCCGGCAAGAAGAUGCUUCGGAAGAAGAUUGAAGAGAGGAACGCCAAGGUCGCUGGCAAGGGAGAAGGCAGGGCUGCCCUACAGAGAACAUCCAGCACAGACAGUGUUAAUCGGAUGCCUGUCAUGGGUGUCAGUGGGGAUCCGGAGCGUGAAGUUGACGACGUGGUCGCUGAGAUUAAAAACGAGAUGGAGAUGCGCGCUCGCAGAAGAUCCUCGGUGAAGAUGCCACCGGCAAAGUGAUUUACAAUUUAGAUCAUGGCCGAUUAAUAAGUGUUGUUAGCGCCAGCUGCUAAGCAGCGGGGUGUGUCGGCUUUUUUUUUUCUUUUUUCUUUUUUAUUCGUCUUCAGUUUUCAUACCUAGACCUUGUUUCUUGUACCUAGACUAGCUCGUGUGGAGUUCAAGUCAGUAGCACGUUAGAGUCAAUACCUUAAUGUGGGCUGUUUGGCCCGUCCGGG